AUGCCCGAACAAAUUGAAAUUGUCGAGGUACCGUCAGAAGAGUCCGAGGAGACGCGUCGCAAAAUUAUCAAGAAACGCGUCGUCAAAAAACGCUCAGGUAGCAAAGAAAUGUUGACAGAAAUCGUAACGGAACAAGCGGAAGGUGAUAUUGCUCCGAUUGUCAGCAGCAUCAAGGAAAUCGAGAUGCCGUUGGAGGAGGUUUACGAACGCAGUUGCGCCUUAAAACGCGCCUCCAAGAAAGCGGAUGUCGUCGAAGUCGAAGAAUUGCCGGAAAAAGUCGAAAUUACGGAAGUUCAAACGCUCGAAGGACCCAAACAGGUAACGAAAAAGACUCGUACCAUCAAGAAACGCGAAGGACCAAAGGAAACUGUCACGCAAAUCGUGCAGGAAGAAGUUCCUGGCGAAGCUCCUGUCACGACAGUGCAAGAAAUUGAACUUCCGCUCGAGGAUGUUCAAGAAUUGCCUGGCUUGAAAAAGCCCAAGGACAAAGCUCGCGUUGUCCAAGUCGAGGAAUUACCCGAAGAGGUUGAAAUUACGCAAGUUUUGACGGAAGAAGGACCUCAAAUGGUCACGAAAAAGACUCGAACCAUCAAGAAAAAGGAUGGAAAGAAGGAAGUUGUCACGAAAAUUGUUACAGAACAAAAGCCUGGAGAAGCUCCUGUUACAAAAGUAACUGAAACAGAGACAGAACAAACUGAAUCUCUGCCAUCUGUGAAGCCUAAGAAAGAAAAAGCGAAGAUUCUCGUCGAAGAAUUACCCGAAAAAGUUGAAGUAACGGAAGUUCAAACGAUGGAAGGCCCUCAAAAAGUCACCAAAAAGACUCGCACGAUCAAAAAACGCGAAGGCCCGAAAGAAACUGUCACUCAAAUUGUCGAAGAGCAAGUCGCGGAUCAGGCUCCUGUGACAACAGUUCAAACUAUUGAACUUCCUGUCACGGAAGAAACCGAAAAAUUGCCUGAAUUCAAGGCGAAAAAGACAAAAGCGAGUGUCAUUGUCGAAGAACUUCCCGAAAAAGUCGAAACUUUCACAGUUCAAACGGAAAAAGGCCCCGAAGAGGUCACUAAAAAGACUCGUGUCAUCCGUAAAAAGGAUGGAAAGAAACAAACGGUCACGGAAAUCGUUCAAGAACAGGUUCAAGGUGAAGCUCCAAAGGCAGCUACUGUCACAGAAAUCGAAUUCCCCAUCGAAGAAAGUGACAAAUUGCCCGAUUUCAAGACGAAAAAAGACAAAGCUACUGUAGUUACGGAAGAACUUCCCGAACAAAUUGAAGUUUUUACCGUAGACACAGAGCAAGGCCCGCAGGAAGUCACGAAAAAGACCCGAACAAUCAAGAAAAAGCAAGGAAAGCAAGAAACUGUCACACAAAUCGUUACUCAAGAACAAAAAGGCAAGGAACCUGUCACUUCUGUCACGGAAAUGAUCGUGCCGUUGGUCGAUCAAGAGUUUAUGGAUGAACUUCCUUCAUUCAAAAAGCACGUGACCAAAGCGAAGGAAGUUGUAGUCGAAGAAUUGCCUGAAAAAGUCGAAGUUUUUGAGGUUCAAACGUUGGAAGGACCUGAAAAGGUCACCAAAAAGACACGAACCAUCAAAAAGAAAGAUGGCAAGAAAGAAACUGUGACUCAAAUUGUCACAGAGGAACGCCCUGGCAAAGAACCUGUCACCACAGUACAAGAAAUCGAGCUUCCUAUGGAUCAAGAAUUGCUUGGAGAGGUCCCGGCGAUGAAAGUUCCAAAGACAAAAGCUAAAAUCGUAACCGAAGAGUUGCCAGAAAAGGUUGAAAUCAUCGAAGUUCAAACCCAUGAAGGUCCCGUCGAACAAGUUACGAAGAAAACUCGCACAAUUAAGAAAAAAGACGACAAAAAACAGGUUGUCACUCAAUUUGUUGAAGAAAAACGUCCGGGUCAAGCUCCAAUCAUCAGCAGUGUUUCGGAAAUCGAAAUGCCUUUGGAUGAAGUUGUCGAAAAAUUACCUGAUUUCAAACAGUACAAAGGCAAAGCGAACGUUGUGGUUCAAGAAUUGCCCGAAACUGUCGAAAUUAUCCAAGUUUUGACAGAAGAUGGCCCGCAAAUGGUUACGAAAAAGACCAAAGUCGUCAAACGUAAAGACGGCAAGAAGGAAACUAUCACAGAAACGGUAACGCAAGAGAAACCAGGCAAAGCCCCAGUCACAAGUGUCACGGAAAUCGAACUCCCCGAAGCUGACGAAGAAAAAAUCGACACUUUACCAGCUUUGAAGAAUUCAAACGUUGCUGGGCCCGAAAAAGUCACGAAAAAGACACGAACCAUCAAGAAGAAGGAUGGCAAAGACGAAGCUGUCGUUCAAAUCGUUCGCGAAGAACGUCCUGGCGAGCAACCGAUCUUAACGGUACAAACUAUGGAGUUCACUCUCGACGAAGAAUCCGUCGAUGACUUGCCUGCGUUCAAAAAACACACCGCAAAAGCGAAAGUUUCAAGUACGGAAGAACUUCCGGAUCAGGUUGAGGUUAUUCAUGUCGAUUCGGAAGAAGGACCUCAAAUGGUGACGAAGAAAACUCGUACGAUCAAGAAAAAAGACGGAAAGAAGGAAGUUGUGACACAAAUUGUGACAGAACAGAAAAAGGGAGAAGCUCCUGUCGUUCAAAAAGUCACGGAAAUGACAAUUCCCAUGCCGGAUGAAGACACUUUGGAAGAAUUGCCGGCAUUUAAGUCACAUAAAACUAAAGCGAAAUCCGUUUUAGUGGAAGAACUUCCCGAAAAGUUCGAAACUUUGACGGUCGAAACCGAAAAUGGACCCGAAGAAGUCACCAAAAAGACUCGUACGAUCAAGAAAAAGCAAGGACGUAAAGAAUCGAUCACUCAAAUCGUAACCGAGCAACGUCCCGGACAAGAACCUGUCAUGAGUGUCAUCGAAGUUACCCUUCCGAUCGACGAAACAUGCGAAGAUCUCCCUGAUUUGAUGAAAAAACUGCAAAAAGCGAAACUAGUCAAGGAUGAAAAGCCAAAAUUGCACACUGCGGACGAGUUUAAACCCGAACUCGCUGAACUUUUGAUAGAUUUCAUGAAGAAAACAGCGUUACCUGAAAAGCCCGAGCAACCUGAGGAGGAAAAACCCAAACGUAAAGUCAUUAAAAAGAAGAAAACGAAAGAUUUGGACGAAGAAACGCAACGUUUGCUGGAUCUCGAGGUUGGAAAAACCGAAUUAGAGGAAUAUGAACGUGUUGAUGUUGAUUUGCCGAAGCGGGAUCGCUCACAAAGCGUCGAACCAACAAGAACUGUCGAACUACCGGAAAAAGUUCAAGUAAUCGAGACCAAAUCUGCUGAUGGAACUGUCAAUAAACAAGUUAUCAAGAAGAAAAUCAUCAAGAAACGCAAGGGAGACAAACAAGAAGUCACGGAAAUUGUGACGAAACAAGUGAAUGACGAAGCUCCUGUCACGAGCAUCAAUAUAAUUGACGAAGAAAUCCCCGAAUUUGAGUCUCCCGAAGAAAUUGCGCAGGCGGUGGUGACAGAAACGAUGCCGGAAACGGUUGAAAUCGUUGAAACUCCAACCGAAGAUGGAAAAACGAAGAAAACUAUUGUUAAGAAGCGCAUUGUGAAGAAACGCAAGGGAGACAAAGAGGAGGUAACGCAAUUUACGACGACACAAGAGGAGGGAAAAGCUCCCGAAAUGAAAGUUGAAGUCGUCGAAGAGAAGGUUGAACCUCUUAAAUCCGUUGAAACGCCAAAAGUCGCUGAAGAAGUGAUUGAAGAACUUCCAGAACACGUUCAAAUCAUUGAAACUCCUACAGAAAAAGGAACAAAGAAGACAAUCGUUAAGAAACGCACAAUUAAAAAGAAGAAACCUGAUGGCAAAGAAGAAAUAACUGAAAUCCUUACGAAGCAAGAGGAAGGUGAAGCACCUGAAACGUUAGUUACCGUAAGUGAAGUUAUGCCAGAAGAGCCUCAACCUGAAGAAGAAACUAAACCUGAAGAAGUUUCAACCGCACAAACUGAUAAGAAACCCAAGAAAAAGGUUAAAAAGCCCAAAGAACCUGAAGAAGUCAAACCUGAACUUGGAAAUCUUCUCGUUGAGUUCACGAAAAAGAGUUCCGAGCCAACUGAACACGUUUCUGAAGAGAUUCCUGAAACAGUGGAAACUGUAACUCUCACUCCCGAAGGCAAACCAACGACCAAAACUGUCAAACGAAAGGUUAUCAAGAAGAAAAUUUCCCCAGAUGAGGAUGAAAAUAUUCGUCGUCUCUUGGAAUUGGAAGUUUCCAAGACUCCUCUCGAAGAAUUCGAGAAAAUUGACGUUGAUUUGCCGAGAAGAUCACGUUCGAAGAGCAUUGAACCACGUGUCAUCGAAAAAUUACCGGAAAAAGUUCAAAUAAUUGAAACUAAAACGCCUGAAGGUAAAAUAAAGAAAGAAGUUAUCAAGAAAAAGGUUAUUAAGAAGAAGGUUGGAGACAAACAAGAAGUUACGGAAAUCGUUACGAAACAAAUUGACGAUGAAGCUCCUGAAACAAUGAUCACCGUUCAUGAGGAAGAGGCACCAAAACCUUUGGAAAAGAUUGAAACUGUGCCCGAAACGGCAGAAGAGACAAUCGAAGAGCUUCCAGAACGGAUUCAAGUCAUUCAAACUCCAACUGAAGAUGGCACUUCGAAGAAAACGGUUCUCAAGAAACGUGUUAUCAAGAAGAAAAAACCUGAUGGCAAGGAAGAAGUCACAGAAAUUCUCACGAAACAAGUUGAAGGUGAAGAACCCGAAACUCUUGUCACGGUUUCUGAAAUGGAAGAACCAAAAGAAAUUGCUCCCAUUGUUCGUAGGGUCUCCAAAACUCCCCGAUUGAAGGACCAGGAGAAGCGUCGUUCGAUCUUAGACGAAGACGCUCCCCAUGUCGAGCUCAUGCAAGAGUUCCUUCAACGCUCAGAAGAGCCUGAGGAGACUCCCGAAGAGCAAUUACAAGAAAAAGCUCCACUUCCCGACGAUGGAUCGCCACAAAAGAAGGUCGUCAAACGUCGUGUUGUCAAGAAAAAGAAGGCACACGAACAAGAUGACGUCAUUCAACGAUUACUUGAACUCGAAGUUGAAAAGACUCCGCUUGAACAACCCGAAAAAUUCGACAUUGAUUUGCCGAAGAAACAACGCCCGCAGAAAAUUCUGCCGGAAAUGGUGAAAUAUGUGCGAAUUUCGAUGCCUAAAAAGGCGACAGUUGUCAAUACGCCCGAAGAACUUCCAUCUCACAUCAAAUUAAAGAAGACUAAACCGAAGCAAAAAUCGGAAUCGGAUCAUGUGACAUUAGAAGAUGUCAAGUUGAAGGGAUUACAACAGGAAAUGGAGACGCCUAGCACGCCGCAACAACCGGAAAAAUCCGCAGUUGACAGUAAACCGCAACAAGGGGUCCUUGAACGUGUCGAAAGUGACGACGAAAAGCCUUCGAAAAUGAAAAAGAUUAAGAAAAUCAAGACUGGAAAACGGGAAAAGGUUGAAUUGGAGAAAUAUGAGAAGCUUUCGAGUGAAAGUGAAGAGGAAAAACCCGUCGAAGAGCCUGAAAAACAAAAAUAUCAACGUCAACCGAAACCAGAAAAACCUUUGCCUGAAGAGGAAAAACCUUUGAAAUUAGGUAAAGGUAAGCCAAAGAAGAAAGAGGAAGAAGUUCCCGAAGAUAUCAACCUCAAAAAGAUUCCUCGCAAGGCUCCCGAAGAACAAGUCAUGGAAGAAUUGACGCCCAAAAAGCCUCAACCUUCCACGGAAGAGCCUGGCAAGAAAAAAUCUCGCAAAUAUCCGAAAGUGCCACCGUUCGAAGGUCAGGACUAUCCACCUUCUGAGCAUUCAGAGGAUGAGAUCGAGUCCCCUGAAGUCGAAGAAGAGGUUCCCACAGAGGAACAUCCCACAAAAACGAAACGUCCUCGCAAAAAGAAGGAAAAACCCGAACCGGAAGUCGUCGAAAGUGUCCUUAAACCCGGCAUUCCAAAGAAACCUGAAUCACCUGAACCGGAAGACAUUAAACUGCGUUACAAACAAAAACCUCCGCCAGAACAGGAAACGCCUGAGAUCAAACUCAAGCCAUGGACAAAGCCCAAAGAGGAGGAAAUUAAAGAUAAAGAGCAAGAAUACGACUUGUCGCUACCGAAAACUGAGCCAAAAGACUACGACUCUGAUGAUGCCGACAAAACGCCCGGCAAAAAAGUUCGCAAAAUCAAGAAACCCAAGCAAAAACACGACACACAAAUUACCGAAGCCCAAGGAAUUGAAGAAGAAAUUCCCGCAGACGAGUCGGUUGAGUCUCUGCCCGAAAUCCAUGAGCCACAAGGUAGUGCAGAACCCAAAAAAGUCACGAAAAAGAUUUACUUACCCGAGACAAAUAUAACAAUAGAGUUAUCGGAAGCGUCUCCGCUCGCUGAAACACCCGCUAACGCGAAGGAAAUUCCUUCCAAGACAGUUAAACCUUCAAAAGAUACACAACAUACACACGAUACACUACAAAUUCCCACACAAUUCGCUAAUGAAAAUAUUUGCGAAAAUUAA